AUGGAGAGUGGACAGAGAGUUUCCCGAAAAGGCCGGAAGCUGGGCUCUAGCCGCCGCCGGCAGACACGAGAGCCAGCUGAUGGCCAGGAUGCCUCCUCGGCCCCAGAGCCAGAAUCCUGGUCCUUCCAAGCAGAACUACAUAACUUUUUCCAGGACUGUGGUGCCAAGGAGAGGGGCUUUGUUACCCGCGAGGAUAUGACGGUGGCAAAGUUCAGCUUCCUGGGCAGUGAGGAGGAGCCAGAGAUGAUCUUCGACUGGGUGGACAUGGAGCGGAAGGGUCGCCUCUCCCUUGAUGAAUUCAGCUCUGGGCUCAAGAGCAUCUUUGGCUCCAACCUGAGCACCCACAGGCUCCGCAGAAGAAGGCCUUUGUCCUCCAAGCGAGGAUCGGCAGCUGACAGCUUCCCAGCACUGGAGGAGGCUGACACCGAGGAGAAGGAGGCAUUCUCUGCCUUCGUGGAGCAGCUGGGGGCCAGCCACUUACUUCCCGAACAAAUGGAGAUCUGGCAGCUUUGGGCGAAGCUGCGGCAGGAGGAGCCUCACUUGGCAGGCAAUCUGGAGGGCUUUCUGGCCAAGAUGACCAGUCGCCUGCAAGAGACACGGGCGGACAAGGAGGCUCUGGAGCUGACCCUGAGGAAGCGUGACUCUGACCACCACCGUGAGGUCCAGGAGCUCUACAAUGAGAUGGAGCAGCAGAUCCAACGGGAAAGGCAGCAACUGCAGGCCGAGAGUGACUCCCGGGGCCUGGCCCUCAGCUCGCAGAUGCAAGAGGUCCUGGAGGCCAAGGAACGUGAGGUGCAGCAACUGGCUGAGGGCCAGAGGGAGCUGGAGGCUCAGCUCUACCAGCUCAGUAGCACCCAACAGGAGGCCAGCUCAGAGAACCAGCAGCUUCGAGAGACUGAGCAAGACCUGGCCAGUCGGCUGGAGGAGGUGCAGGGACAACUGCAGGUGACAAAGGGACACCUGGAAGCUGCCAAGGGCCGCGUUUCCUGGCAGGUGGAAGAAGAGGAACCAAGGCAAGUAGAGAGGCCCCCAGCUCCCCAGGGCAGUAUUCCUGAGGAGACACCCCUGCCUGAGCUGUUUGGGGACAAUGACGACUGGGACCAGCUCCUGAGUGACUUUAGCAGCCCUCCACACAGAACCCUGCAGAUCGCCUGGAGCCCGCCCCCCACUCCGAAAGACCCCUCGGCCCCCCAGACUCCCCGCGUGGUCAGGCAGAUCUCCAUCUCAGAGCCACGCUCUCCACUGUUGGGUCAGAAGCCAUCUUCAGAUCCCAGGGGGCCUUCCGAGGCUAAGGACAUCAGUUCAGAGCAGCCUGUGGAGUCUCCCAACCUGGAAGUUGAGGACAAGCCGAGGCCUGACUCAGGGUCCUACUUCCUCUGGGAUCGCCCCCCAGCUGGGGAGUCAGGGAGCUUGGUGGCAGCCACACUUAAAAUGCUCAUUCCUUUGGAGGAUGGGUCCCCUUCUCCUGUGGAGCCUCCCCCUCCCCAGGCCCCAGCUGGGACCAGCGAAUUGUUCCAGGCCUCAGACCCAGAUGGCAAAGGCCCUGGGCCUGGGCCUGGGCCUGGGCCAGCCCCAGCCAAGCCUCCCCGGCAGAGAGAGACCCUCCUUCAGAACACACACGCAGCAGGCUCUGAGUCAGGGUUGGGAUCCCCGGGGGCUGGGACACUUACACUGGGGCCAGUUGAUUCCUCCCAGGGUCUGGAUCCUAUGGCUCCCACAGAGGUACUGGAGCCAGGCAAACUGGGUCCAGAUGAGCAGGAUGGCCACUCUGGGGAACUCGGAGGAGAUCAUAGCCAGGUCCUCAGGAAAGAUGCAUUGCCUGCACUCCACCACCAGAGUCUGAAAAAGGAGUCCUGGGCUGAGGAGGGACAACAAGAGGACCAAGACGGGCAGAACAUAGGUCCAGAGCAGUCAGAAGAGGUGCAGGGGCUGGUAGUUGGGCAUUCAGAACAUCCUCUGAAAGAUGUUCUACCUGCUACUCCCCAACCUGGCCCACCCCAGGCUCAGACUGAAACAGAGGCCCCCAUUCCUGGGAAACCAUCAGUUCCAGGCAGCCCCUUCCCCACAGGGGCUCAGCCUGGUGAUGGAGCAGGGUCCCAGAAUCCCACACAAACCUUCCUCACCACGGUUGAGCUAGAAGUCCAACACAGGCCCCCGGCCCUGAAUGCUCAAGCAGAAGGCCCUCCUCAAUCCAGUGAGCCUAGGGCAGCGAACAGGCCCGAAGACCCAGUAAUGGACUCCCCAGAGGCUGGGUUGUCCCUACCUCCUGGGAACCUCCCAGCCAACGAGCCUCAGGCUGACCCUGAUUACGCCUUCCACAUCAUCUUCCUGGGGGACUCCAAUGUGGGCAAAACCUCCUUCCUGCACCUGCUUCACCAGGACUCUUUUGCCACCGGGCUUACAGCUACCGUGGGAGUUGAUUUUCGGGUCAAAACCCUGCUGGUGGACAACAAGUGCUUUGUGCUGCAGCUGUGGGACACGGCUGGCCAGGAGAGGUAUCACAGCAUGACUCGGCAGCUGCUCCGCAAGGCUGAUGGGGUGGUACUCAUGUACGAUGUCACCGACCAGAAGAGUUUUGCCCAUGUGAGCUACUGGCUGGACUGUCUCCAGGAUGCAGGCUCUGACAAGGCGGUUAUCCUUCUCCUGGGAAACAAGAUGGACUGUACGGAGGAGCGGCAGGUGCCCACUGAGAUUGGGCGGCAACUGGCCAAGGAGCUGGGAGUCUCCUUUGGGGAGUGCAGCGCUGCCCUGGGUCACAACAUCCUGGAGCCUGUGGUGAACCUGGUUCGGUCACUGAGGAUGCAAGAAGACCACCUGAAGGGCUCGUUGGUGGACGUGACCCCUGAGAAGCCACCAAAGAGAUCUGGCUGCUGCUCCUGA